AUGCGUUUCGACUCUUCUGAUUUCACCAGACACAUUACGCUUAUCUCGGCGUCUAGCAUUCUUAUCGGCCUACUGUUGCUCGCCCUUCUUUUGUGCUUCUAUGUGGAUUUUUCCCAAAUAAGUGGCAUCCCUGAGAUCCCAGGGGGCACGUUCCUGGCAGGCCAUCUAUAUCAGCUCGGGAAUGACCAUGCGACGACUGCCGAACGCUGGGCCGCGCAAUAUGAAGCGCCGGUAUUUCAAGUCCGGUUAGGUCGAAGAAGAGCAAUCUUCAUCAACAGCUUUGAGGAUGCUCGGGAAUGGCUGGUCAAGAACCAGUCCGCAACGCUUGAUCGUCCCCAGUUCUAUACCUUCCACGGCGUCGUGUCUGCAACUUCUGCUGCCACCAUUGGAACAAGCCCAUGGAAUGAGAGAACCAAAAAGCAACGCCGGGUCGUAGGAUCGUUCACUACCGGUCCAUCCAUCCAGAAGCUUCGGCAAAUGUUAAACCAGGAGACCUUUGCAAUGGUCUCGGAUUUGUAUCAAGACAGUCAGAAUGGUGUUGCUGCUAUCAUGCCCCACAUUUAUCAAAAGCGACUCGCAUUGAAUAUCAUGAUGAUGUUCUGCUAUGGUACCCGGUUUUCCUCCAUUUCCGAUCCUCUGCUUCUGCAAAUUCUUUCCGAUGCUAGUACAAUCGCAAGCUUUCGCUCCACAAACUCCAAUCCUCAGGACUUCAUUCCUCAUCUAAGGUAUACAUGUGGUGGACGAACGAACACCGCGGUCGACGUGCGGCAGCGCCGAGAUUCUUGGCUGGCCUCCAUGCUGGAUAAUGUCAAAAGCUCUCUUCCAUUGAAGAGAGAGUCGAAAAGAUGUGUGGCUGAGAUGCUCUUGACGGACAAUCAAGAAGGCCUCACCCCUCUUGAUGUAAAAACUAUUCUGGGUGGCCUGAUGUCUGGCGGGUUUGAGACGGUAUUUUCUACCGCUAUUAUCACCAUUGGACUUCUCUCUAGUCCGGACGGGCAAGCGACCCAACACGAAGCUUACAAAAGCAUCAUGGCUACCUACAGCACGCCAGAGGAGGCAUUCGACAAAUGCAUAGUCGAAGAAAAGUGCGACUUCGUAACAUCCCUGGUGAAAGAGGCGUUGCGGUUCUACCCUCCUCUCAAGCUUCUCCCGGCACGGCAGACCUAUAAGGAGUUUCCUUAUAGGGGCUCCCAGAUUCCCAAGGGUAUCCUGGUCUAUGUGAAUGCACAGGCUGUCAAUCGAGAUAAAUCUGUUUAUGGAGAAGAUGCAGAUGUGUUCCGGCCAGAACGGUGGAUGGAUAAAUCUCGAAACAUCUCCCCUCCGUACCACUUCGCCUAUGGUGCCGGCUCGCGCAUGUGCACUGCCGUGAACUUUGCGAACCGGGUUCUGUAUUCGAUUUUCGUGCGAUUGAUUGUCGCUUUUGAGAUGUAUGAAAGUAAAGAGUACCCUGUCAACACCCACUACGUCGAUUACAAGAAAGAUCCGACGGCUUCGAACGCCAUUCCCGCGGAUUUCAAAGUCCGAUUCUCUCCCAGAGAUAAGAUGGUUUUGAAAAGAUGCUUCGAGACGGCCCAGGCAUGA